ACUAAAAACAAAAAUGGCGUCUGGAUAGUUUGUUGUAGAUGCGAAGGCUAUUGGUAAACAUUUGAUUCGAAAAUAAGCAGUAUAAAUGUAACCAAUCCAAACUUAUUUAUCUGUAAGCUGUACGCUAAUGUAUCAGAAAUAUGAAGAGAAAACUGAACACAUUGGAACUAAGGCGUUUAAAAGAACAUGGACAAUCGCAAAAGAGCGCACAUCAGGAUGGUAAAGAUGAAGGGAUAUCGCAAAAGAAGCGUACCACCCUCCGAGGAAGUCGCAGCAAAAGCUUCGGAGGAUUUGUUAAUGGUGGAAGAGGUCUUGCACGGCGGGAGGAUCCCCGUGAGCAUCAGGAAUUGGGACGAGAUGAGAUAGCUUUGAUGUUUAUGGAGGUUUCCGAAAAAAUUGACCGCUGUUUUGAUUUCGAUCUUCAAAAAUGGUUGAAUCGAUAUGAAAGCCUUUCACAUAACUCUACAAACUUUCCAGAAGCUGCAAUGUUAAUAAUGAGUGCCGCUCAAAUUUACGGACGUAAGGUUGACUAUUUGGAGGACAUUAUUUUACAUAUGGACCAAGAUCAGAAAGGCAGAGAGGACGUGGAAGGCGCAGUGGAACAGAAGCAGGAGAAAGUUCCAGGGGGGAGAAAGCGAGCGGCUAGGUUCCAACCACAGACUGUUUCAGAUUGUUUCAGUGAUUUGGAAUUCUCUUUCGUGGACAGGAAAUUGGCUUCUGUCGACACGCUAGUUGGUACAUUGCAAAGAAUGGGCGUUGACAAAAGAAAUAAAUUUCAACAGAUGCAGGAGCUAUGCAUUGAACUUAGAACUAUGCCUACGAAGCAACGUAGGCAGGAAAUUUUACAUCGUCUGCGAGAUGUGGCAAAUAUUCCCCCGAUAAUGUCCAGUCACACAGCUGCUAGAAAACGUCAAAUAUUAGAUCUUGAAUCUGGGGAAACAAUAGGAACCCGAUAUGAUUAUCAAACUUUUCUGAACUUCAUCGAUGUAAAAACGGGAUCCUUGACUCCAGAGCACGAUUUAAAAAAGUUUUUCCAACGAUGCGAUGUAAUAGACUAUCUCUACGAGCAACAAGAAUGCGAACGAAAGCGCUGCGAGCGCAGUGGAAAACCAGCACCGGAUAUGGUCUUUCCAUUAAAACCUCGUGAAUUCAAAAUGUACAUUCCACCGGAUUAUCUCAGAAAUAAAUAUCGAAUACAGAUGAACGAUACGACAGAUUUCGACAAUGAAUUGCAUCAAGCAAAGAGCAGCAACUAUCAAUCAGAUCCCAUUUUGGAUUUAAUGAGGAGUAAAUUUGCUACUCGGUCAUCGGAACCGAAGAAAAGUGCAGAGGUGAGCUCUGAUGAACCUUCGUUUUGCAAUGUACUGUCUUCAUCUGCGAUAUAUACAGAAAUCCCCGACGCUACCACUGAGGAUCAAGAAUAUGAAGAUUUGGGUGGUUGUGAACCAUCCGAGGAUAUAACAGAAGCUAUCGAACCCAGCAGCAGCGAAGAAAUGAGCGUUGAAGUGUCAGGAAAUAGCAUGACUGAAACUAAUUCAACAGAUCAAGAACAGAAAAUUGAUGAGACACUUCAAACAUCACAUGAAACUUCUCAGUCCAAGGAAAGUGAGUCUUCUUCAGAAGAGGGAUCGUUGCGUCAACCGUCAGAAAUUAUACGUAGCAACUUAUCUAAAGAAUCCACUCCAGAACCAGAACUAAUGGCUUUAGAAAUCCAGACAGAAACACGCGCACAAAUCAUAACUGAACAAGAAACACCAUCCACCGGUUGCCCAUCACGGCUAAGCUACGAAGAUGAAGGUAUAGGUGCGGAUCGGGAUACACCGCCGGAUCAGCAUUCGCCAGCGUGUUUUUCGCGUACACCAUCGUUGGAUGUUCUCAGUGAUUGUGCAGGGUCAAUAUCGAAAACACUAGAACGGGUGCCGUUUUUCGGUGGCGGUACCGUUAUUGCAACAGAUGUGAGAUGCGGCGGAUCUGUACGUACUAUACUAAUCAAACCAGCGCUGGUUAAGUUGAAUAUGCUAAAAAUUCCCGAGUGCCAUCUAAAGAAACAUUUGCUCUUUUCGCUACCGAUCGAGUACAAAAAGAUGAAAAAUGAUUUGGUGCGUAAAAGUAAGAAUUUGGACAAAGAAACUUUCACUCUGGCUGUUUACAGUCUAAAUCCACAGGCUUCCAAAAAUUCCGAAUGGACAAAGCGGCCUGUGACGCCAGAGCCGGAAGAUUUCUACGGGUUUGAUGAUCGCAAUGACGUUCUGGAUAAUACCCCAGAUAAUUUGUAUAGUUUAGCUUCCACGAACGAUCAGCAUCGGAAUGAUUGGUCCCGUCCUUCUACACCGGAGAGUGACUUUUACGGCUUCGACGAUUUUGAUUUUGAUGAAGCCAGGAAAAAAGAGAAAAAAAGGAAAGAAAUCCAUCCAUGUGAAACUGUGCAAAAAAAUGAACUUCCAAAGUUGUCAGAAGUUAAACCAACCGCAGAAGUUGUACAGGCAAAUCUAGAGGAAUCUCAAGCUUCCGAGACGCCCAACUCGCAACAAUCGACACCGAACCGGACGUUGUCGCGUGAUUCAGGAAUUUCCGACGAUCAGACCGACCGGCGAGGGAGUCGUUCAAAGGAAGCCACACCGGAACCAAUCGACGUGUCCCAAAAAAUCUCAACAACGGCAACAACUGCGGUACUAACUGCUGAACCGCAAUCUGUGUUAAACAGUGAAAAAUACAUACAAAGUGUAACAGAAGCUAAAGAACUUAUAGAGAAGGUAAACAACUGGCACCGGAAGCUUAAGCCAAUUUUAAUCCAGUCAGAGCAGCGAAAUCAUUUCGAUAUCCAUGCCUAUGGCUCUGAAAUUAUCGAAUCAUUUGUCCAAGUGGAGGCAAAUAAUUCUGUUUCUAACAUUAGUUUUGCUCAAAUUAUGGACAACAAACAGCAAGACUAUACGGCACGGUACUUUCUUUCAAUGCUGAUGUUGGCCAACACGAACAAUGUGCAAAUUCUUACCCGCAAUCAGCACCCGAAUCGAUUGACAAACAAAGAAGACAUUGAACUUCGACUGUUAAGUCGUCAACGUCACCACCAAGAAAUGGAAAGUAUGGGCGAGAGAAUACCUUGUGAUAACACACUAUCGGGUAAAGUUGCUAAAAUGGGAAGAACGUCUCGGGGAAACAAGCGGAAAUUGGAAAAUGAAAGCGUAGCAAGUAUGGAUAACCAUUUGGGUUCAAGGCGUUUGCAGGAUAAUGACGAGUCUGAAUACGAUUUUCUGGAGAAAAUGCAACGCCUUUAUCCUGAUAUCAAUGGCGAAGAAACAAUGCGCAAACGAAUGGCCUUCCAACGCGGUAUGCGGCGAUGUGCAUAUGGACUGGUUACUGAAACUAGGGAAGAGGGCAGUAUAGAAAUACCCCUUGACCACAUUAGUCAACAAGAGCAUGAGACGGAUGAAAUUUUGUCGGUGGAUUUGCUGACAAAUGAAACGAUGAUGGUUCCAAUGAUGCUUGAUCAGGGCCCAUGCUGCUCCAAAAGUAUCUCCAUUUCGGAAUCUGGAUACGGGUCGAUGCUCGGGGAAGGCGACCGAUAGUAUAAGAGGAAAGAUACCUUCUAGGGGGCAACUGUUCUGCUUGAAUUUUGACCUUAAUUUCAUAGUAUACAGGCACUCGAUAAGUUACGCCCCUGUAUUCACCUUGUUAGUGCAAGCAGAUCCUUAAUAACAAUGUCUCACCUUAGAAUUUACGUUAACAGCUGCAUCUACAUGAUUUUGCUAAACUCUUACCAAGUACAAAAUUAACUAUAAACCACGCUCUGCUCUUAGCACCUAACGAGAUAUGUACCACCUAGUUUCUUGUUUCUACUUUGCAUAUGGGGGCUUACUUUAAGGUGAAACUUGACGGUGGCUUUUUCCACACAAUUUUGAGGUUAGGUUUCUUUUCACUUGAUGAUCUUGAGUGUAGUAAUCUCAGCUUCCACCUAAUAAAUAGCGCUUGAAAUGCUACUCUAUGCAUGCAUCAGCGGUGCGAACAAUAGAUCAUAGUUUCCCAUAUGUAAUUUUACUGGUUUAUCUUGCAAAAUUUGAGCACGGAGUUUCACCUUAAACCCAAACAUAAUAGGUAAAUUUUUCGACGGACUGGAAUUUAAUUUCACCCUACCGCACGACAAGAACAAAUAUUUAUAGACGUUAGAAAUUCAUAUAUUACAAAAAGCAUUUUUGUAGCUUUGCAUUUUCCUAUUUCACAUCCCGGUUUAGUUUUGCAUUUUAAUUUUUAUUCUAAAAUUCUUUAUAUUUUUUUCUUGACUAUAAAAUUAGCUUUAAGACAAAAUACUGUUGAAAAAACCAGUGACAAUUCGAAAUAGCUGAAUUUAUUAUUUACAAUUUAUUCGAUAUUAAGAUGUACCACAAGUUUGAUUUUAUAUGUCGAAACAUUUCAUUCGAUUGCGAAUGGAAUAUGUACAUAUUGAAUACACACGUUCAAUAGAAGAAAACAAUUGUAAUAAUUAAUAGCGUUAAAUUGUACGAAGUAUAUUUUGUAAUAAAUUAAGAUUUUGAAAUUGAAAUUAAACUCGCCCAUACGUGUGAUGAUAUCACUGUUUAGAUUACAUAAUUCUUAAUUUAAUGCAACAAAUAUCAAAUAUGUAUAGAAAAAUAAAAUACAAACAAGAGUAGAAUUCUUUUGAAAAAAAUGUUUGCUCAUAGCCAAACUCACUUUUUUGCAUUUCUGUGAGCAUUACUAUCUUCGAAAUAUACACCUAUCUGGACAAUUAUCUGGUCUUA